AUGGCCGACCCAAAGGUCUCCUCCCCCGUCCCAGAGGACAAGGAAACAGGCAUCCACCACCACACCUCAAUCACAGACGACACCAACACCGCAACCCCCAUCAACCACAAUGCCGCGCACCCAGAAGACCUCGCCGCGGAGGCAGCCCAAGCCGCCUCCGCAGAACACAAAAUGUCCCUCCUCGAAGCCAUCCGCACCUACCCAAAAGCAAUCGGCUGGUCCGUCCUCCUCUCCUCCACCCUCAUCAUGGAGGGCUACGACCUCGCCCUCCUCAGCAACCUCUACUCCUCGGCCGUCUUCCAGCGCAAGUACGGCACCUUUGUCGCGGCCCAGAACAAGUACGUCAUCUCCGCCGCCUGGCAGUCCGGCCUCAGCAACGGCGCCCGCGCCGGCGAGAUUUUCGGGCUUGUGAUUGCCGGCUGGACGGCGGAUCGGUACGGGUAUCGGGUUACGACCAUGGGGUUCUUGGUGUUGAUGAUUGCGUUCAUCUUUGUGCUGUUCUUUGCGCCGAAUGUGCAGAUCUUGGUGCUUGGGGAGGUUCUCUGCGGUAAUGCCCCGACUUCCAUCCUGGCUUCGAGUAUCGCUGCUGACGUCUUGCAGGAAUCCCUUGGGGUCACUCUUCACAAGGACGAGAAGGCAAACUACAAGACGUUGCAGACUAACAAAAUCCAGGUCAUCGGACAAUUCUUCUCCGCGGCCGUCAACAAGGGCUCCUACCACCACCAGGACGAAUGGGCCUACAGAAUCCCCUUUGGAGUCCAAUGGGUCUGGCCCAUCCCCAUCCUCAUCGGCCUCUUCUUCGCCCCUGAAUCCCCCUGGUGGUACGUCCGCCACAACGACAAACCAGCCGCCAAACGCGCCCUCCUCCGCCUCACCUCCCGCAACCAACCAAACUUCAACCCGGACGAGACGAUCGCCAUGAUAGAACACACAAACGAGCUCGAGAAGCGCGCAAAGGAGGGCGUGACCUACGCAGACUGCUUCAAGGGCGUCGACCUCCGCCGCACCGAAAUCGUCGUCGGCAUCUGGCUCGUCCAGACCCUCGGCGGGCAGAACCUCAUGGGCUACUUUGCCUACUUUUUGACGCAGGCCGGCAUGGACCCCGGAAACUCCUUCUCCCUAUCAAUGGGCCAGUACGCCCUCGGCAUGGUCGGCACCGCGGGCUCCUGGUUCCUCAUGUCCCGCAUCGGCCGCCGCACAAUCCACUUUUCCGGUCUCUGCGCGCAAUUCUGCCUUUUGCUGAUCGUCGGCUGCCUCUCCUUCUCCGACAGCAACGCCUCCGUCUGGGCCAUCGGCGCCAUGCUCAUCGUCUUCACGUUCGUCUACGACUUCACCGUCGGUCCCGUAACCUACUCCCUCGUCUCGGAGCUCUCCUCCACGCGUCUUAAAAACAAGACCAUCGUCCUCGCGCGCGCGGGCUACAACGCCAGCAACAUCUUUGUGAAUGUCAUGACGAAUUACCAGCUCUCGUCGACGGCGUGGAACUGGGGCGCGCGCACGGCGCUGUUUUGGGCGGGCACGUGUCUGCUCUCGUCCGUGUGGGUGUAUUUCCGCGUGCCGGAGCCAAAGGGGAGGACGUACGCCGAGCUGGACCUGUUGUUUGAGCACAAGGUCUCGGCAAGGAAGUUUGCCGAGACGAAGAUUGAUCCGUACUCGCAUGAGCUUAACAGCGAGAAGAAGUUGGCCGAGGAGCAUUAA